UCAAAUAUAAGUAUACAAUAAUUAUUAUUAUCAAAUUCUAUGUUUGUCUUAAUAAUAAAAUGUUUUUCCAACGGCUAGAACGUUGGUCUAAGGCAUUUAUACGAACCUUGUGCCCGUUAAUACAUUUAAUUAUCUUUUCGGAAAGGCAUCAAUGGCGCAAAUUGAAGUGUCUCAUUGCGACUGCUUCGGGAGUAGGUCUUGGUCAAUUUUAUUACUACUAUUUAAUAAAGGACACUUUGCCUGAUCAAAUAGGGUAUGCUGUUGGACUAAUUCUAAGUUUAUUAUUAGGUAUAGGUAACGCAGUGUCUAUACAAAUACGAUGCAUUUGUCUGUUACUUUUGCCAAUAUUUUGUGGCAAGGCUGGUCGAGGUUUUAUGAAAGCAGUUGUGCUUACAUAUGUAGUAGCUGGUCCCAUAGCAAAUAUGGGGUUCAACGCCAGAGAAGUGGUGAGAGUAUUUUCGUGUAGUACACAGCUCUCUUCCAACCUGACCAAGUUGAAAUAUUCCUUAUUAGAGAAACCCUUCCAGAAAGCUCUAACAUCUAUCACGACGGAAAUUGAGGACUUUAAAAACACUUUAAGGUCUAUUAGAACAGUUGUAACUCCGAUCGAGAUUGAGAUUGAAAAUACAUUUGAAAUAAAUUCGAACAAGAGUGAAACAGACAUACUAUUUGGUAGAAAUUAUUCGGAUAUCAAACAGAAGUACUGCUCAUCGCGAAAGGAUAAUGCAGCCUUAAAAUAUCUGAAAACGUAUAAAAUGAAGAUUGAGUACCGCUGCCAGAGACAUCUGUCGGAUUCUAUUAUGAAUUGCUUGAAUAUCUACCUGACGUCUCAUAGGAUAUGUUUUGAUAUUGUACCGAGCGACGCCGCAGUGAUGUGCCGGCCACUAAUGCUAUCCAACAUCUGUAAUAUAAAGGCUAGUUUCGGUGAUCUCUGUGAUGCGAAUCAGCAGCUAGGUAUCGGACUCGGAGAGGAAUAUAUCUUUUUAAAAAAGGAAGCCGAGUUAUUCACAGAUCAUUUGCAAGAUCUUAAGCUUCAGUGUGAUCCGUUCGAUAAUGAAAUAAAAAAUACGCAGGAUGCUAAAAUGACCGCAGAGCUAAUCGUCGACGCGUUUGAAUACAAAUACGAAAUAAUGCAGUCAUGUUUUUUGAUGGUUAAUGUUUGUCUUGCGCUCCUGUUCUGUCGUAUGGUGGUGUCAGCUCACUCGUACCAUGAUCAGUAUUUGACAAGCAUCGAUUUUGACAAUGUCUACAUUACUGGAAGUUUUAAAAGAAUUGAUCGAAAAAGACGACAAAGGAAUAAUUAUACAAUUUUACCGUUAAGAAAGAUGGAAAGGAAUAGAUUCAUUGACGUAUAUUCAACCUCCUACAUCCCGUCAGAGCGUAACAAGAUUCUGACGCACAUCCUCAAGGUCCUGCUGGAGGCAGUCACCGCCACAACCUUCGUGAUGCUGGACAGACUCUUCUAUGAAGCGUUGGCAGUCGUGAGGCAGUACGCUAUAAUGGACAAUGAGCAGAAUAGCGGCCUCGGUGAUUCUAAUAUUGAGAUAGAAGGCGAGGGCACUGUGGCGGGAAUUGUGCGAAAAAUUGUAGAACAAUUGACAAACGUUCAUUCAACAGUCGCAGAGUCGAACGACGAAUGUGUCCCAAGACCGCGCGCUAUAUCCAUCGCUUAUUACUUUAAAAUAUACGGCGGCUAUAUAUGUAUUCUCAUACUGCUUUACCUGAAUCCAUAUACACUACGGUUAAGACGAGAGUGGCAAAUGGCAUUCCUGUAUUUGCAUCAAUUGCCCCUUCGUGUACUGUGACGAGUGUUGGAUGGAUAUAGGGUCGAGUUGCCUGGCCUGUGAUCCGGUGCUCAAUGAAUUGAGUGACGUGGAUUCACUCAGCGACGACCAGCCCCAGAGACAUUGAAAACUGAUUGAAACUAUGAGCAGUUA